AUGUCCACAUUGCAACCACCGGCAUAUGUUCUGAGCAACCGUUGUCCGAUAUCGUGGCCCAGUGCAACUCCCUUGAUGCUGGACUACCCUUUGAUUCCACAAGAGACAGAAAUAUCAAGCGCCUUCGUCCACCGAGUAUAUAUAGAAGCGUUGUGGCUACCAGAGUCGGUCAUGCCAUUAAGUCACCUCGUUCAGUCUAUACGACGCAUCAGAGACUCAACAAGACAACAAGCCCCCGCAGAGCCUCUACGAGAGUUACUCAAACCUUUGCUUCUCUCAUUACAAUCUGUCGAGAAAAAAUAUCAAGAAAUACUCCCCACACUUCUUCGGGACCCUCAAGCUGCGAUGGAACGGGAGACUAUUGAGGCAGAAGAGAGUGCGAUGUGGUAUGCAUGGCAUCACGGACGACCCCCAGUUCGUCAUUUUCCAGAUCCGGACAACGUCGAUGAGGAAAAGUGGAAGAAGCAGUGGAUGAUUGAUAUGGAGAGGCGCGAAGUUCUUGUGCAAAUCCUCUUACAUUUUAUAUAUCUAUCACUCUGUCCUUCCCCGGCCGAGUCUGGUAUCUCUCCUGAUCGCUCGCGGAAGCGUAACCGCAAGUCGCUCCAUAACUCGCCGGCCAAGCGACGAAAGCCUGGAAAGGACGACCGAUCGCCAUCACCGCCACCUCUUUCUGCUCAAGAUAACCUGGACACGUUGACUGACCGUCUUGCUCUGUGGCAAGCGAUCGAGGAGGACUCGGAAAAGUAUCUCAAACGGCCAGGUGAUAAUGGCAGAGACUGGAUGAGAGCGUUUUUUGAGGACGAUGUAGCCUUUCAACUCCCAGAUCUCAUCAAGCAAUUUGAAGCCAAGAUUAUCCCACCCAAAGCCGAGGAAAGCAGUGAAGACAGCGAUGAGCUCGUUCCCAAGGUGGGGAUGAAGCCCAGAUCAAAAGCACUACGUCAAAAGCCCAUGCUUACAGCGGCGGAUCUCGACGACCUUCCAAGGAACACGAAUCAGCAAAAAUCUACGUCAAGAUCGAGCUCGCGUGCCCGGUCAAUGUCAGUCGAACCGGUGGACAGACGAAGUCGCAGCCGGAGUGUUUCCCUCGCAGCCGAGGAAAUCAAAGUGGUUGGAGGGAAAAGAGGAGGAAUCGUAGGAAAUUCAAGGCUGUUCGCUAGCGAAGUGGAAAUGCGGCGGCAAGCGCCUGUGGGUACUAAGCGAGUUGUGAGUGGACCAAGUCACCCUGGCCUCGAUGCAGAGCCCAGGAGGUCAGAGGUCAAGUCGAAGGCGGUCAAAGCGCGACGAGUAUCGACCACUCUCGUUGCGGAGACUCCUCCACGCUCAUUGACGAGACGAGAAUGGACUGGUGCCGAAUCCGAUGAUGAUAUUGUACCAGACUCACCCGAGCUGGUUUAUCUUGGAAGCAGACGAUCGACUGACGUCGUGGCAGAGACACCUGUAAAGUCAAAGAGUGGCUUAAAACGAUGA